AUGGGCAAGUACCCAAUCCCGCCGCAUCUGAACCGCGACGAUCCCUCGCGGUCGUUGAUGAUGUUUGCCCAUGCAAAGCCGCUGGGCGCGUACAUGGGCUUUGCUGGCUUAAGAUCCAUGCGGCAAAUCUGUUCGGGUACGAUAAGGCCCGGUUCGACGAGCGUGUUCAGGAAGAUUUCGACUACGGCUUUCCCUCCCAACUUUAUUCACAGUCUGGAUGCAACACACAUGUUGCUGACUGCUAUCAAAUGUAAUGACCGCGGGCUCACGUUUGCGUCAAUCCACGACUCGUACUGGACACACGCGUGUGAUAUUGAUACCAUGUCCGAAGCAAUUCGAGAGACAUUUAUCAGUCUUCACCAGUCUGAUAUUCUGAACAAGCUGCAACAGGCCACGCCGCCUCAGGCACAGUGGAGUGACUCCCCUCGCCACCGCCUUAAGAUCCCCGCGGCGAAUCUGUUCGGGUACGAUAAGGCCGGUUCGACGAGCGUGUUCAGUGGGCUGAGGAGCACUUUGAGCAAAUGCGGGAGGCGGCGAAGAACCCGCUCGAUGUACGGUAUGAGAUGGUGGCAAAAGGCAGACGACCCAUGGCAAUUCCUCGCUGCGUGCAUUGAGCUCACCAAGUAA